AUGGGUGACGAAAAUAACGUUCACUUAGCCAAUAUGAAUGACAUCAGUCCCGCAAAUCAAGCUACCGAUAGCACAUCAAAUAAGAGGAAACUUGGCGAAAUAGAGUCUCCACCCGACGUUGUGGAGGAUAAGUCGAAGCACAGGAAGAGUGUGAAAACCGAGGAACGCAAAGUCCCAAAUAUUGCACUGGAACUUGCCAAGAACAGAACAGCUGCAGUACCGGGCUCUAGACCUUCUCCGUCAAUCCCACUUUCAUCACUUCUUUCGGGCGAUCAAACGUCCAGCCAUGUACCAGAAAUGAAACAAUCGACCAUACCGUUGUCGAAUCCGCGUCUAAAAGUAUGCUCUUUGCUGUCUCCAGAGCCAAACGGCCGUGGUGACAGAAACUCAAGCCCGAUUAUUAUCCUGCCGACACAAGGUUCUGCCUCCGGUACGUCAAGUUCGGAGUCCUCAGGACUUAUGGUUGCCAGAACGAGCUCUCCAGUUUCCUUUUUGCCCCAAAAUGGGAACGCGAAACUCAACAGAAGCCAUAGCACGCUGAAUCCCAUCACUAGCUCUGCCAGUCCACAUAUCGCGGUAAAAACAUCUUCAAUGCCGGUACCGAGCGAUGUUUCCGUUUUAAAUGAACUACCAGUUAAACCAGAAGUCGAUACCCGCGCCUCCUCUUUAACGACAGCGAAAGGAUCGCCCUCCGUAAUAGUGGCCACCAAGGAUGAAAAGGAGCCAGUAAACUCAAAGAAAUCACCUGAAGCGCAAGAAAAACAGCAGCCUUUACCCGAGGAAGUGGCCGAUGCGGUUUCCGCGGCCGCCCCAGAAACUGAAAAUCCAACUGACGCGAAAAAAAACGCCAGACGGAGAAGGGCAAGGCCAAGAGAACCCAAAAAAGUUGACAUCGAACCCGCCAAUGUUAUCAUCGAAGACAUGAGAAAAGCAGAAGAAGUCAAAACUCCGGUUGCAAAGCCAGGGCCACUUGAAACGAAUAACGAAGCUACCCCAACACAAAUUAACAAUGAAUCAAAACCAUCCCAACAAGACAAUGGCACUGGUGUUCCCGUCACCAAAAAGCCCACAAAGACUACGGUAACAAAAAAAACCACCAAAAGCGUCGAUACCAAACGCACAACGAAAACAGCCGAAAACAAGAAAGGAGAAAAGCCUUCAGAACUGAAGACAGACAGUCGAAAAGAAGGAAAUGGUCUCUCGAAAGAACCGGCUGCUAAAAAGGGUAGCAAGGCCGCUUCUGCCAAACUAAAUUCUAAGACAACAUCGCCCGCCGCGGCUAUUAAACAGACGGAUUCAAAAAAGGAUCCAAAAAUUAAUGUUUCCAAGCAAGAAAGUGCAGAAACAACCACCAGGCCCUCAUCUAAAGUUUCUGACUCGCCAAAAGAGAAAUCUUUUGGUGCUACGUCGAAAGAGGCAAAGACGAAGGAAGGCAAAGCUACCUCCAAGGAUGAUGUAAAAAAGGAUACUAAAGCAAAGCGAGCCAACACAGCAUCGAAAAAGAAAGAAGUUACACCACAACCGACAAAGGCUGCUACAGAAUCCAAAGGUCCAUCCACGACCCCUAGGAAAUUACUUUCGGCACCUCUAUUGAAAUCUCCAUCUAUAUUGGAUCCGAUCGAAGCACCUGACGACCGAGAUGAACCUGUUAUUAUCGUAGAUGUGCCACUAUAUCCCGUUGAAUCUAAUGACUACUUGGAUGAAAACGGACAAGUUGUCUUUAACUUCUACAAGUUAGUACAAGACAAAUUUGGUCACUCUGGGAAAACGAAACGCAAUCUCAUGUCAGAUCUUAACGGCGGGGAUGAGGAUGAUGAGGAUGUUGCGGAAGUUGACGACGAUGACGGCAUAGAGGAGGAGGAAGAUGAAGAUGUUGACUUGGAGGAAAAGAACACAAAUUCCACCGCCCCUGUCGCCUCUCCCAAGAAGAAGUCGCAUCCAAUGAAAGGAAGAAGCUUAAUUGGAAAAUAUGAUACGGAGGACCCUUUUAUCGAUGAUUCCGAGCUUCUUUGGGAAGAGCAGCGUGUCGCCACUAAGGACGGGUUUUUUGUCUACUUCGGUCCAUUAAUUGAACGAGGCCAAUAUGCAAGCUUCGAAAGAGUCAACGGAACGAUGAAAAGAGGUGGAAUAAAAUACUCGAAAUGA